ACAACCUAACCGCUCUAAAUACAGUAGUCAAAAUGAAAUGGCCGUUGAAAAACAUCAGCGAAAGAAGAAAUAAUUGGCUUUGAAAAAAUUGCAAAUAAUGUAAUUUAGGCUAGUGGCAAAUGAAAACAUUACAGAUGCAAAUGGUUUUUAUAAUGUUACAGUAAUCACACGUUGAGGCACAGAUUAUUAGAGAAUACAGAGAGUACAGAGGGAGGGAGACAGAGAGAGAGAAAGAGAAAAAUGGUAUUAGUGCUACACCCCUCGGUGUAAUUUUCAUUUUAAAUGCAUUCACUUAUUGGGAAAUUCAAUAAGGAGAAGUGAACACUGAGAAAAAUACUGCUGAAAUAGAAAGGAGAAGUGUGACGUCACGUUACCAUGGGAGCAAAAUUUCUGGAUCACAGCAACAUGAAGCUAAGCAGCGAUGACGGCAACGGCAAUGAGAACGGCAGAAAAGCAAUAGGUUUAGAUUAGCAGAAGAAAAACAAAAUAAACUCAUCACGCUUUUUUGUACAUUUUUUAGCCGUCGUUGCACGACUGCGACAUGAAAGGUCCUUAUUUGACGCGCCCUUUUAAUGGAGUAGGUAAACAGAUCGGAAAAAUAUUCUUUUUCUUUAUGUUAACUCAGAUACGGGCCUUUCGAAUUCAACUCCAGAAAAUUUCGUCAACAUUUGACAAAUUAAAUGAAGUUGGAUAAGAUCGAUGAAGUUUGAAACAUUGCGAAUUCACUUUUUAAGUGAAUUUUCGGUUUGCUGUGAUCCAGAAAUUUUGCUACCAUGGCAACGUGACGUAACGAUUUCUCCUCCCCAUUAUCUCAAUUGUAGCACCAAUGACCUCCUCACAUUCAAAAUACGUGAUAGGCUUACUUUUGUUUUGUAUUAAAUGCAUCAAAUGACUCCUCGGUAUACAGUGAUAUGCGAGUCACUUCUCCUUGAAAAAGCUGUUUGAAAUUGGUCCCAAACCAAGACGAGUUCGUCCCAGCGUGUGAUCUACCCGUUUCGUAAACUUUGAAGAGGGUCGAGAUGGAGAAUACAAAGAAGAAUAUCUAUGCCGAUGUGGUUCCUCGCUUUCCAGAGCAUUUGCAGAAAACGAUGAGUAAGCUGCCCCUAGAGACACAACAGCGUUUAUAUCUGGACAUUUUCAAGCCACUGGACUUUUACGAACUACUGUUUGAGUACUUUAAGGAAAAAGAUCGCGCGCAAAACUCCAGCGACAGUGAAGAUAAACGUUGAAUGUUGUUAUAAAAAGGAACACUAAACCUCUGUAAUGAGAAGUUUGCCCAAGAGAGAGUGAGAGUGUUAAGUUAACACGGUUCACUUUUUGUAUGACUGAUUUCCUUUUACACAAAUUCAUAAGUACACUGAAAUUGACGACUGUGCUCCUCAGAUGUAUAAAUUAUUGCUCUCCUUCUUGUAUACUUGUAUUUUUGUCAGUACAACGAUGAAAUUGUAUUCGUCAGAUAUUGUAAGAUAUUAUAACAGCUUUUUGUUUUUAUCUGUCCCUUACUAUGUAUCUUGUAGCUCAGUUAGUUGCAUACUCCGUACUUUCUUAUUUCUGUUAAAGCAAAGAGCAUAGCUUCAAAGAUUGCACUGUACCAGUUCUAUUCGUCAGAUGUGUUACGUUGUAGCACUGUUGUUGUAUUUAUUUUUUUUGUGAGUUUGAAGUAAAGAUAAUUUUAACGCAUUUUAAAAAGGUUUUUAAAUAAGGUAUUUUUGCCCGUAUUCGAUGCGCAACCUUCAUUUGGUGUUUGUUACUUCGCUAUGAAUGUAUGGACGUUUUUAUAGGUUUUUAGCCAGAACCAUUUUCCAGCUGUAAUGGUCAAGUCCUCACCUUUCCUUUAUUUUUCUUUUAAACUUGGAGGUACAAGUGCUGUGUAAAAUGUUAUGCUGUGUCAAAAAAAAAAAAAAACAUAAAAAAAAACACCGGUUAGAACUCUCUUAAGAGACACGCAAAGUUCGAGUUGUAUUAACUAUUUUGAAGAGAUAAAACAUUUUUAAUACCAUAAACUUCCAACAGUGUUAGGGAACCUAUUGUAUCGUGAAAAAAUUGUGCCUGAGAACGUGUAUAAACAAGAAUGGUGCAUGGUCACCAAAAACGUGACUGCUCCGACUACAGUAGAUUUAGAAUCACGUUUCCUGCAAAAUUGUGGCUGAGAACGCGUUAAAACAAAAUGGCCAGUCAGCAACAACGUGACCGCUCCGGCUACAGUAGAUUUAGAAUGAUGUUUACUACAAAAUUGUGCCUGAGAACGUGUUAAAAACAAAAUGGCUUCACCAUCAACGUGACUGCUCCGACUACAGUAGAUUUAGAAUCACAUUUACUGCAAAAUUGUGCCUGAGAACUUGUUAAAACAAAAUGGCCAGUCAGCAACAAUACAGUAGUGAAAAUGAAAUGGUCGUUGAAAAACAUCAGCGAAAGAAGAAAGAAUUGGCUUUGAAAAAAUUACAAAUAAUGUAAUAUAGGCUAGUGGCAAAUGCAAACAUUACAGAUGCAAAUGGUUUUUAUAAUAUUACAGUAAUCACACCUUGGUGCACAGAUUAUUAGAGAAUACAGAGAGUACAGAGGGAGGGAGACAGAGAGAGAGAAAGAGAAAAAAGGGAAUUAGUGCUGCACCCCUCGGUGUAAUUUUCAUUUUAAAUGCAAUUAGGAGAAGUGAACACUGAGAAAAAUACUGCUGAAAUAGAAAGGAGAAGUGUGACGUCACGUUACCAUGGGAGCAAAAUUUCUCGAUCACAGCAACAUGAAGCUAAGCAGCGAUGACGGCAACGGCAAUGAGAACGGCAGAAAAGCAAUAGGUUUAGAUUAGCAGAAGAAAAACAAAAUAAACUCAUCACGCUUUUUUGUACAUUUUUUAGCCGUCGUUGCACGACUGCGACAUGAAAGGUCCUUAUUUGACGCGCCCUUUUUAUGGAGUAGAUAAACACAUCGGAAAAAUAUUCUUUUUCUUUAUGUUAACUCAGAUACGGGCCUUUCGAAUUCAACUCCAGAAAAUUUCGUCAACAUUUGACAAAUUAAAUGAAGUUGGAUAAGAUCGAUGAAGUUUGAAACAUUGCGAAUUCACUUUUUAAGUGAAUUUUCGGUUUGCUGUGAUCCAGAAAUUUUGCUACCAUGGCAACGUGACGUAACGAUUUCUCCUCCCCAUUAUCUCAAUUGUAGCACCAAUGACCUCCUCACAUUCAAAAUACGUGAUAGGCUUACUUUUGUUUUGUAUUAAAUGCAUCAAAUGACUCCUCGGUAUACAGUGAUAUGCGAGUCACUUCUCCUUGAAAAAGCUGUUUGAAAUUGGUCCCAAACCAAGACGAGUUCGUCCCAGCGUGUGAUCUACCCGUUUCGUAAACUUUGAAGAGGGUCGAGAUGGAGAAUACAAAGAAGAAUAUCUAUGCCGAUGUGGUUCCUCGCUUUCCAGAGCAUUUGCAGAAAACGAUGAGUAAGCUGCCCCUAGAGACACAACAGCGUUUAUAUCUGGACAUUUUCAAGCCACUGGACUUUUACGAACUACUGUUUGAGUACUUUAAGGAAAAAGAUCGCGCGCAAAACUCCAGCGACAGUGAAGAUAAAUGUUGAACGUUGUUAUAAAAAGGAACACUAAACCUCUGUAAUGAGAAGUUUGCCCAAGAGAGAGUGAGAGUGUUAAGUUAACACGGUUCACUAUUUGUAUGACUGAUUUCCUUUUACACAAAUUCAUAAGUACACUGAAAUUGAAGACUGUGCUCCUCAGAUGUAUAAAUUAUUGCUCUCCUUCUUGUAUACUCGUAUUUUUGUCAGUGCAACGAUGAAAUUGUAUUCGUCAGAUAUUGUAAGAUAUUAUAACAGCUUUUUGUUUUUAUCUGUCCCUUGUUAUGUAUCUUGUAUCUCAGUUAGUUGCAUACGCCGUACUUUCUUAUUUCUGUUAAAGCAAAGAGCAUAGCUUCAAAGAUUGCACUGUACCAGUUCUAUUCGUCAGAUGUGUUACGUUGUAGCACUGUUGUUGUAUUUAUUUUUGAUGUGAGUUUGAAGUAAAGAUAAUUUUAACGCAUUUUAAAAAGGUUCUUAAAUAAGGUAUUUUUGCCCGUAUUCGAUGCGCAACCUUCAUUUGCUGUUUGUUACUACGCUAUGAAUGUAUGGACGUUUUUAUAGGUUUUUAGCCAGAACCAUUUUCCAGCUGUAAUGGUCAAGUCCUCACCUUUCCUUUAUUUUUCUUUUAAACUUGGAGGUACAAGUGCUGUGUAAAAUGUUAUGCUGUGUCAAAAAAAAAAAAUAACAUAAAAAAAAACACCGGUUAGAACUCUCUUAAGAGACACGCAAAGUUCGAGUUGUAUUAACUAUUUUGAAGAGAUAAAACAUUUUUAAUACCAUAAACUUCCAACAGUGUUAGGGAACCUAUUGUAUCGUGAAAAAAUUGUGCCUGAGAACGUGUAUAAACAAGAAUGGUGCAUGGUCACCAAAAACGUGACUGCUCCGACUACAGUAGAUUUAGAAUCACGUUUCCUGCAAAAUUGUGGCUGAGAACGCGUUAAAACAAAAUGGCCAGUCAGCAACAACGUGACCGCUCCGGCUACAGUAGAUUUAGAAUGAUGUUUACUACAAAAUUGUGCCUGAGAACGUGUUAAAAACAAAAUGGCUUCACCAUCAACGUGACUGCUCCGACUACAGUAGAUUUAGAAUCACAUUUACUGCAAAAUUGUGCCUGAGAACUUGUUAAAACAAAAUGGCCAGUCAGCAACAAUACAGUAGUGAAAAUGAAAUGGUCGUUGAAAAACAUCAGCGAAAGAAGAAAGAAUUGGCUUUGAAAAAAUUACAAAUAAUGUAAUAUAGGCUAGUGGCAAAUGCAAACAUUACAGAUGCAAAUGGUUUUUAUAAUAUUACAGUAAUCACACCUUGGUGCACAGAUUAUUAGAGAAUACAGAGAGUACAGAGGGAGGGAGACAGAGAGAGAGAAAGAGAAAAAAGGGAAUUAGUGCUGCACCCCUCGGUGUAAUUUUCAUUUUAAAUGCAAUUAGGAGAAGUGAACACUGAGAAAAAUACUGCUGAAAUAGAAAGGAGAAGUGUGACGUCACGUUACCAUGGGAGCAAAAUUUCUCGAUCACAGCAACAUGAAGCUAAGCAGCGAUGACGGCAACGGCAAUGAGAACGGCAGAAAAGCAAUAGGUUUAGAUUAGCAGAAGAAAAACAAAAUAAACUCAUCACGCUUUUUUGUACAUUUUUUAGCCGUCGUUGCACGACUGCGACAUGAAAGGUCCUUAUUUGACGCGCCCUUUUUAUGGAGUAGAUAAACACAUCGGAAAAAUAUUCUUUUUCUUUAUGUUAACUCAGAUACGGGCCUUUCGAAUUCAACUCCAGAAAAUUUCGUCAACAUUUGACAAAUUAAAUGAAGUUGGAUAAGAUCGAUGAAGUUUGAAACAUUGCGAAUUCACUUUUUAAGUGAAUUUUCGGUUUGCUGUGAUCCAGAAAUUUUGCUACCAUGGCAACGUGACGUAACGAUUUCUCCUCCCCAUUAUCUCAAUUGUAGCACCAAUGACCUCCUCACAUUCAAAAUACGUGAUAGGCUUACUUUUGUUUUGUAUUAAAUGCAUCAAAUGACUCCUCGGUAUACAGUGAUAUGCGAGUCACUUCUCCUUGAAAAAGCUGUUUUAAGUUGGUCCCAAACCAAGGCGAGUUCGUUCCAGCGUGUGAUCUACCCGUUUCGUAAACUUUGAAGAGGGUCGAGAUGGAGAAUACAGAGAAGAAUAUCUAUGCCGAUGUGGUUCCUCGCUUUCCAGAGCAUUUGCAGGAAACGAUGAGUAAGCUGCCCCUAGAGACACAACAGCGUUUAUAUCUGGACAUUUUCAAGCCGCUUGACUUUUACGAACUACUGUUUGAGUACUUUAAGGAAAAAGAUCGCGCGCAAAACUCCAGCGACAGUGAAGAUAAACGUUGAAUGUUGUUAUAAAAAGGAACACUAAAGCUCUUUAAUGAGAAGUUUGCCAGUGGGAGAAAGAGUGUAAGUUAACACGGUUCACUCUUCUAUGACUGAUUUCUCUGUAACCAAAUUCUUAAGUACACUGAAAUUGAAGACUGUGCUCCUCAGAUGUAUAAUUUAUUGCUCUCCUUCUUGUAUACUUGUAUUUUUGUCAGUACAACGAUGAAAUUGUAUUCGUCAGAUAUUGUAAGAUAUUAUAACAGCUUUUUGUUUUUAUCUGUCCCUUGUUAUGUAUCUUACUUUUUCAUCCGUUUGCAUCAGUUAGUCGCAUACGCCGUACUUUCUGAUUUCUGUUAAAGCAACCAAGAACAUAGCUUCAAAGAUUGCACUGUACAAAUUCUAUUUGUCAAAUUUGUUACGUUGUAGCACUGUUGUUGUAUUUAUUUUUGAUGUGAUUUUGAAGUAAAGAUAAUUUAAACGCAUUUUAAAAAGGUUCUUAAAUAAUGUAUUUUUGCCCCUAUUUGAUGCGCAACCUUCAUAUAAUGUUUGUUACAACGCUGUGAAUGUAUGGACGUUUUGAUAGGUUUUUAGCCAGAACUAUUUUCCAGCUGUAAUGGUCAAGUCGUCACCUUGCCUUUAUUUAAACUCGGAGGUACAAGUGCUGUGGAAAAUGUUAUGCUGUGUAGAAAAAAAAAAAACAACAAAAAAAACCGUUUAGAACUCUCUUACGAGACACCCAAAGUUCGAGUUAUAUUAAACGUUUUUGAAGAGAUAAAACAUUUUUUUAAUACCAUAAACUUCCAACAGUGUUAGCGGACCUUUUGUGUUGUGAAAAAAUUGUGCCUGAGAAAGUGUAAAAACAAGGACAGCGGUCACCAAAAACGUGACCGCUCCAACGACAGUAGAUUUAGAGAAAUGUUUGCUGCAAAAUUGUACCUGAGAACGUGUUAAAACAAAAUGGUUUCAGCAACAACGUGACCGCUCCGACUACAGUAGAUUUACAAUAAUGUUUACUGCAAAAUUGUACCUGAGAACGUGUUAAAACAAAAUGGCCAGUCAGCAACAACGUGACCGCCCCGAGUACGUAGAUUUAGUAUCACGUUUACUGUAAAAUUGUGCCUGAGAACGUGUUAAAACAAAAUGGCCGGUCAGCAACAACGUGACCGCCCCGAGUACGUAGAUUUAGAAUCACGUUUACUGCAAAAUUGUGCCUGAGAACGUGUUAAAACAAAAUGGCCGGUCAGCAACAACGUGACCGCCCCGAGUACAGUAGAUUUAGAAUCACGUUUACUGCAAAAUUGUGCCUACGAACGUUCUAGAACAAGAAGGGUGGUCAGCAAUAACGUGACCGCUCGUGAUACAGUAGAUUUAGAAUCACGUUUACUGCAAAAUUGUGCCUACGAACGUUCUAGAACAAGAAAGGUGGUCAGCAAUAACGUGACCGCUCGUGAUACAGUAGAUUUAGAAUCACAUUAACUGCAAAAUUGUGCCCACGAACGUUCGAGAACAAGAAUGGCGGUCAGCGGUCAGCAACAACGUGACCGCUCUGACUACAGUAGAUUUAGAAUCACAUUCACUACAAAAUUGUGCCCACGAAAAUUCACACAUGAGAACGGUGAUUUCGGCUCGAUUUCUGUAACGGAGCGAAGUUACGCCGCGCCGACCUCGAAAGUGGAGAGUCACAUAUCGGAUAGGUUUUGUGCCAUACUUUGGUGCGGUGUGAACACGUCCGACGCGGAAGUAAAUUGGUAGGAGCGAGGACUGGAACCCAGUGAGACGGAAGUGAAUAUUUUGGAGUUAGGACUGGAAUGUAGUCCACCAAGCCCUCUCGGCCAACAGUGCUAGCACGAUGUUCGAUGUGUGUGAACGACUUGUGCUGCCCCGGGCCGUUGCUGUUCAUACUCCAACGGAUAGCUUUUCGUGGCGCUAGUGUGAACAUAGCAUUAGAAUGACGUUAACUGCAAAAUUGUACCUAAGAACGUUAUAAACCAAAAAAGGGUGGUCAGCAGUAACGUGACGCCACGAUAAAUACUUUUGUUUUGUAAGUUUUCUUGUAUCUCUUUUUCUUAGCCCAGUCUAUUUGUAAGAGUAUGAGCAUGAAGGCCAUGCGAAGUGGAAGAUUGGGGGCGGCCUUAGCGUGGUGCCUCAGAUCAAAGGUAAUAUACUUUUACCCUUUAACUUCUAAUAGUGGGCAAAGAUAAAAUUUUUAAGUUGCUUCAACCCUAUUUUGAAAACGAGGGUAAGAGGGGGCGAAGUCUUUGUCUUUGUUCUUUCUUGCGGGCAAAACUUAUUUUUGCAUGAAUGUUUUGCGCUUAACCUCACUUUGAAAGCGAGGACGUUUGGAACACGGGAAGGGCCUAUAGAGAGGAGAUGUCGUUACGUCACGUUGCCAUGGUAGCGACAUGAACGUCACUUAAAAGGUAAAUUCCCGCUGUUUCAAACUUCAUCGAUCUUAAUCAAUUUCGUUUAAUUCGUCAAAUUUGGCGAAAUUUUCUGGGGUUGAAUCCGAAAGAACCAUUUCUAAGUUUUGAAAAGGGAAGAGAAAAUUUUUGGUGUUGUGUUCACGUACUCCAUAAAGAGGGCGCGUAAAAUUAGGAAGUUUCAUGCGGCAGUCGUACGACGACGGCUAAGAAGUGUAUAAGAAAGCGUGAUGCACAUGAAAAGUUGUUGUUUUAAUAAUAUAAAGCUAUUGCUUUUUUGCCGUUCUCGUUGCCGUCGCUGUCGCUGUCGCCGUCUUCCUUGCUUAAGCUCCCUACUGUUGUGAUCCAGAAAUUUUGAUACCAUGGUAACGUGACGUCAGACUUUUCGUCUCUAUUAAAAGGCUACAUUCAGGGAUAAAACUAAACGUCAUACCCACUUUACACAGUAUAACCAACAGCACCACAGUGCACCCAUCAACCUAACGGCACAGCAAAGUACUGCUUCAUGGAUCUUAUUUCUAUGAAUAUUAGACAACACCUUAAAAAGGUACAUCCGGCAACCAAAUGAUUUGUACAGCCAUCCUCGUCCCAGGGUUCUCUUCGACUCAUCCUCUCUCUUGCUCUGGGGGACGAGUGGGAGAGAACCCUGGGAACGAGUAUGUGGUGCAACGUAUCACACGAACGCCAUCAUUUUGUCGUGAAAAGUAAUUACUCUCAAAUUUUGUAAAAAACUUUUUUGAAUGAAAAUGCAGUUUUGAAAUUUCCCUUUCUCUUUCUUUUUUUUUGCAGGAUUCUACGUUUGCUGCAUUUAUUUCAGAAAGGUAUUUAGAGCAUAGGGUUCAUAGAGAGGAGAGGUCGUUACGUCACGUUGCCAUGGUAUCAAAAUGUUUGGAUGACAAAAAACCGAUAAAGUCACUUAAAAGUCUAUUCGCACUAUUUCAAACUCCACCUAUCUUAUUCAAUUUCAUUUAAUUUGACAACGACGGCAAAGAAAUGUACAAAAUAGCGUGAUGCACGUGCAAAGUUGUUGUUUGUUAAUAUGAAACAUAUAUUUUUUGGCGCCACCGCCGUCGUUGGUUUUGUUGUCAUCCAGAAAUAGUGCUACCAUGGUAACGUGACGUCACACUUCUCACUAUUUUAUUGUUUGCUCUAAGAGAUCAUCUUGGGACACUGUCCUAUUAUGAUCUCUUGGUUGCACUUAGUUUUGAAAUACAAAAUGAAAUCUUGACUUCUACUAGGGCGGUAACGUGAUCUCAACUGCCAGUUAGCGUAAUCGUUGAGGAAGUUCGAGAGAUUCAAACUGUAGCUUGAAUCGCUCUGAGUGAGGAAAUUUUUAAUGUAAAAUUUAAAAUUUUUUGGAUUUUUUUUAUUAAGUUCUUAUAGCAGUAAUAAGCUAACUCAUUCGGUAAGGGUCAGUGAAAAAAACGUUUGGAAACGUCAAAACGAAGGUACCUCAUUUUGUGAAGCGUCAGAAUGAGGGUUUAUCGCAGUGACCGUGUCUAAGAAUAAGGAAAAGGGCUUUGUUCAUGUCAGCGUAGUUUUACCUUAAUGUUUUUUUUGCAUUUCUUUCCUCUGUACAGGUUCUUAUCAGAGUACUGCAAGAGUGGCGGGUUUUCCAAUCUUGAUUUGAUCGAUAAUCUUGGAUCUGCCAUGCUUCUCAGUGAUCGGCUUACUUUUCUAGGUAACAAAAAGCAACUGAAAAUGCAUGCUACCGGUACCAAGUGCGCGGGAAAAUGCAUGCAACUGGCCAUAAGACGGGAAAAAAAAUGUUGCCAACGCCAAGGCGCGGGAAAAAGCAUGCAAGCGGCAUCACGCGCGAGAGAAAAAGCAUGCAACUGACCAUAAGCGCGGGAAAAGAUAUGCCACCAGCCCCAAAGCGCGGGAAAAUGCAUGCAACUAGCGAUAGGCGCGGAAAAAGAUAUGUCACCAGCACCAAAGGGCGAGAAAAUGCAUGUAACUGGCAUCUAGCGCGCUAGAAAAUGCAUGCAACUGACGAUAAGCGCGUAAAAAGAUAUGUCACCAGCACCAAAGCGCGAGAAAAUGCAUGUAACUGGCAUCAAGCGCGCUAGAAAAUGCAUGCAACUGGCAAUAAGCGCGGGAAAAAAAAACCUGUUCUGAGCGCGGGAUAAAGCAUGUCAUCAGCGCCAGGCGCGCGAGGAAACGAACACGAGCAAGUCACGAUGUCACUGCCUGAGAGGGUAACGCAUUUUUGUCAAAAUCGAUCAUGGCAAAACCAAACCGCAUAUUUUCUAUUAAGACUACAACGGCUUUUGCAAUUUUUUUUGUUUUUGUCAUAAGAAUACUGAAAUCCUUCAGUUCCUGCUUUUAAAUCUUCAUCGAUAACCUUUUCUCUCGUCCGUUUCAAUACGUCUUCCAUUAGUUACUGAUCAUAAUGUGUUUUACCUCAGGGAAGUACCGCGAGUUUCAUAAGAUGUACGAAGAAGGCAAGUUUCAUGAAGCUGCUCAUCUGCUGAUCUCGCUGCUGACAUCAAAGCUUGCCCCGCAGAGGUAAGGUAGACUUGUCGCUAUCUCUCUUGUGGGGUUACGAUGGGCUAGGCCUUGAUAACUGAAUCCCUCUGUGUUAUACAUUAAUGCUGCUUUAAUUAAAAUCAUUGUUCUCGUGGAAGAGGUGUAGAAUUACACAUUCUACCAACUACCUUGCUUGGAAAAAAAAACACGCCACUUUUGCAUUGCCCUUAAACACUUCUUUACCCCAAAAAUUUGCAUUGACAUUGUUUUUGAAAGUAUUUUUAAGGCGAUUUUUCCUUGUCAAAUUCCCCAGGAAUACCAAAUCAUCUCCCUCAAAAGUCGGUAUAUUUAAGCUAUAGACUUGAAGUCUAAAAUUUGAUGUUCGUCCGCCGUCCGCUAUCCUUAUCGAAGAUAAGCGCUGUAAAUCAUCAUUUUUGAUGAUUAACUAAACAAAAAGUGAAAAUGCGCAAUUUUAAGAACGUUAUAUUUCAAAAACGCUCUCUUAUAUUUUUUCAAACCUUGCCAAGGUAAAGGCAACGGACAAAAUUAUUAUUACACUAGAGGAUUUUAACGGAUUAUUGCUAGAUUUCGAGAAAAUUCCCAAUGCGCCACCGUUAUUCUGUUGCCAUGGAAGCGGCGAUGUCAACAAAACCUGUUCUAUUAAAAUUAAGCUCAAUUUUAGGUACAUUGUUUGACAUUGUGCCUUUUUCGUAAUGCACUACAGCCAAAGUAAUGGGGCAUCAAACACGAAGAGGUGAGCCCUUGAAAAAUGGGUGCGAGUCUCCUUAAAGUCACCAAACGUCUUAUAUUUCUGCCCUCUAAACUGGCUUUAAUAAAACAACCUAAAAAGCACAACGUCAUGACCACCUCUCAGAGACCACAUCCGAAGCCUUUUUUCCCCUUUUUUGUCAUUUUGCCUUUUACCUCCAAUCGGCGGCAAAAUUAGUGAGAGCCUUUGCCCUAAAAGGCCUUUCCGACAGUUUGCCGAGUUCAAGAGGAGAAAAUGAAGCUCUCUCUCCCCCACCCCCUUCAUACAAUACAUCAGGGGAGGGGUCUGGAUUGUUUUUGUUCUCGGAAGUUACCCCAUUGUCUCAAUAAUUUUGUCGCAGAUUGUGUGUUGUUCAUCAGCGGAGACAUACUACCGACUAUAUCAAAUUCUUGUCACAUUCUCUGGCAUGUUUAAAUGAUUCUUGAGCUGCUAAUUCCACCGCCCGAACCUGGAUGAAAGUGUAAAAGCAGUUAAUCCUCUUUCGCACUUUAUCGAAAAAAGCCCUGCCCUUAAACUGGAACGGAAUUCUAUUUUGGGUCGUAUAAUCCGUUUCACUUUUCACCUACACACGCGCCGCAUAUCUUUAUCAUAUUCUAAGACAUGCCGACACGUUAUGUUAGUUGUUCGCAAGUUGAUUAAUUUUGAUACAAGAUUUUUUAAGACUAACUACAAUUCUCUUUGUUGCGAGUCUAAAAUCGUUACUCUUGCCCACAAAAAUAGGCUACCAUUGACGUUAUCCUCUCCAAUAUUAUUUAUUUAUACAUUUAUGUAUUUACGUUCGCCAAUUCUUGGCAGGGUCACCACAACAGCGCGUGGCGCUAAAUACUGCUGGCCCGUAACAGUCCUCCCCCCUCGCCCUCCCCCAUGAAGAGAUAGACCACCACACCGGGGACUAUGUUCCAUACUCUUUACGAACAAUGCGUUGGUUCUAUAACGCCCCACAGAUUUUAGAUGUGCAAGGGUUGUGAGACGGGGCCUACGGUUUAUCGUCCUUAUCCUAGAGGACUAGAAAGCCUAACCUUUUGCACAUGUCUUUACAAAGGCAGCACUUUCUCCUGAGUGUUUGUCCGGCCGGGGUUUCAAUCAGCAGCAUCCCGCUCGGCGUACCGGCGCUUAUCCAAUUGAGCUAACCGGACGGAGGUUAAAGUAAUGACGAUUCGUUCGUUCAAUAGGGUUGCUAUGAACUAUGACAAACAAAACUAUAACCGUCUAGCAAGUUCUUUAACUCGUAAGAUUUUAUCGACCGUCUUCCGGACAUUUGCCUCUGAGUCAAGUACUUACUGUCGCAUUCAGCUGCUAGCUAUUUUCCGUCGAGGGUUUCUUUUGAAGUUUCUUUGAGCUCCGAAAAAUAGUUAAAACGUUCAGGUUGAUAGUAGCCUAUGAAAAAAUUUUGCCUGCGAAAUAAAUGGGACUAUGCAAAUUUAAAAGUUCUGCCAAAGAACGGUUUGCGCAUGAGUAAAACGGUUAAGUUUGAAGCCUUACAAGAAAAUUUGUUCUCGUUCGUUUCUCUAAGAUGUUUGCUGUGACGUACACCGAAUAGGGCCUUUCUUAUUUAAGAGCGAUUAGUUGUGGAUUGUUUCUUUCCAGAUCUACUCCCUCAACAGUAAUUUUCACAAAGUAAAAAAAUAUUAUACAAUUAUUUAAGUCUGUACAUGCGCAACUUUUCUUUUUCUUGGUUAGGAAAAUACCUAACCAUCCUCUUCCAUAGACAAAUAUCCCGGGGACUUGCAAGGAAACAUAUAAAAAAUAUCGAAACGGCCCUGACAGCGUUCCAGUGCUAUAAUGCCGGGUGGUAAGAAGUAUGUAAUCGGAUUAAAUUUUUUUUUGCGUACAGCGAAACAGCACAAGUUAGGUUAGGGUUCAGCGAUAGACGAGGAUUACAGCUUAUGAAUUUUUUUUCGUAACAAGCAGUACAGAAAUCAACAUGUUUCAUAGUUUUUAUUUCUCGUAUUUCUCUCCCUAAUCCUCGGCUUUUUGGUGAGUCUUGAGUCGUUUUUCAAAGUAAUAAAACAAACAUCAUGGCUAUGUACGAAGCCCAUUUUUUCCAGGUUGUUCUUUAUCUGAUUUGCCGCAAGUGCAGGCACGUUUUUGAAUCAUGCUUCCGCUGUUUAUUUCACCGCCUUUGGCUGGGUGACGGAGAAGGCGUAUACAGGGGCACCCAACGACGGUUUCCUGCUAAAUACAUUGAAAACACGUUUUCGGCUGUCCAGAGUACUUUUAGAUCUCUAGAAAUGCAUUCUAAGCGGAGCUAUAAAAUUUGUAUCUCUUCGGUCAUCCUAGGGGAACUUGAGUCUUUUCGAAAUUACAAGGGCUUUAGUAUGUUUUCCCGAAAAUUUUAAAUGCAAUUUAACGUUUUACGAAAGUAAGAAUUUUUCUGAUUCCUGUCUCCAUCACAUUUUUAAAUCCGAAAAUUUCAGGUUUCCUUUUUUCUAGAAAAAAAAGCUAGCCUAACCUGGGGAGUGAAAUGUAAAAAAAUAAACUUCAGAAAAUCAUAGGCAAUUUAUUACAUAAGCUUCGAAGGUUCUUCAUGAAUGGAACGGCCAUCUAGAAUUAGAAAUUUUUAGCUAUCCUUAAGUUAUAGUAAAUUCUAGGCAAUAUUUGCUUCUCCGAACAGGUAUUUUACAGAAAACAGUCGUUGGGGGCCCCUGGCGUACACACCAUUUAUCCAAUUUUAUACUACAUCAAAAGAACUCAAUCUGCUCUAAGACUAGACGUAAUUCUCUCCUUGGACAAUUAAUCCUUCGAUUCAAUUCUGACCGGCACACGCGCUUAAUAUUUUUGUCAUGACCUUUGAACAGUUAUGCCUAUGCGUAUAGUUGUUCGCAAGUUAUCAGCUUUAAAACAGGAUUUCAGGACAAGAUUAUGAUUAAUGAUGAUCCUACUCCCACGAGCGUUGUCUGUCUUUUAACUUCUAAUAGAGCCGGAAUGGCCAUUAUGCAAAGUUUCAAAAAAAAAAUUCAACGUACCUUUUUGUAAAAAAAAAAAAAAGUUUUGUCGAAGAGGUUUUACUUCAACGGUAACACCAUAGGAUUUCGUCAGCUGAAACUAUCAAGCAUUUUUAGGUGUGAUAAUAUGUACUAAUCUGUCAAAGAUUAUACGGUAAUACUAUUUUAAUAUCUAUUCAGUCUGUGCCGCUUUAUUUAUAGCUGUUAACUUUCUGAAGUGUUUUAACUCUGUUCACCAGUCCUAAAACUACCUUAGCCAGCCUACAAGAAUAGGUUACCCCAGACUAGGCUCUCUGUUUUGUAUAGCAAGUAACAAUGAAAUCAGCUUGUUAUCAUCUAGAAGAAAGCUUGCUUGCUCUCUUUAGCUCUUUCGAGUGGUAUGACUCGCAUAGUUGUUAACAUAUUUUUUUUACGUAGUAUCAAGUUUAAUUUGCUUCUUUGUCUGUGAUUCGGUUCUUAUUUUAGAAUAAGCCGCUCCGUCGAUAAACUCUCACCCUCUUCAAGACGACUAAAGCUUGUUAAGGAGAUUUCAUACAGCCGUUUAUAAUUUAGAUUGUUUAUGAAACCGAGUAUAGCCGGUCUCAAUCAACAAAGAGUCCUUCCAGAAAUGCUUUCAAACCAAGGUUAGGUUUCUAAUUUCUCCCAAAAAACGAGUUUAGCUUACAGGGGCACUUUGUUUCCGUCCCAAGAGCAAGAACCAAACAAAGCAAAGUGAUUAACGCAGUUUUAAGAUAAAGUUCGGGAUAACGGGGAUGGGUGUUGAUAAACGUCAAUACAGUUCUUAAAAUUUGAUUUUGUCAAGGCAGUCCAGAACUUAAAUUAGACUGAGUUUUCUUGGCUUGUCUUGUCUUGUCUGAGUUUUUGCUGCUUUUCUUGCAUUUACUUUAUUUUUGUUUUUUGGUGUCUUAUCUUCCAAGUCUGAGCUAAACUCAAAGCAAAGAAAAGUCCAGAAUGUGUUAUUUCAGUUAUUUUAGCUGUCUUUGGCAGUAUCAGAAUCUGUAGGUUGCGUGGUCACAAAGCCGGAUACUGGGACUUGCUCACGUGCUUGUCACGUGAGAACUUAAUUAUUCGUUGUCUUACGCGAUUUCUAUACCUUUCCAGCAGUCGAUUUGCUUCACGGUUGUCUAGCAAGCUUGUAAACGCUAUAUUGUGUUGACGUUUGAAUAAUUGUUGAUCACGUUCAACAAGCGGCUCUAUUGUUUGAAUCUUGGUUGAAAUACUCAACGUUGUUCAAAUAAAAGUUUUGAACAACCGUACCGAGGAACUAAGGGUGCUUUCCUUUGAGAUGAUCCGGUUCAAGAUCAGUGAUCCGAUGAUCCGGAUCAUCCCAGAGGAACGCACCCGAAGUCAUAAUCCCCUUCAUACUGAAUCGAAAUUUCGAUCCGGUUGAUCGACUCCCAAUAACUAAUCAUAAAAAUCGGUUGUACAUUUUGAAGACACCUGAGCGAGCAGAACUUUCUAUACCCACCGAGAAAUGCCGGGUUUUCUCCGCCGAUAGCUAUGCUACGUUCGGUGGAGGAAACCUUUACUCGAAGGGUAAAUGCUCUUCUUUGCAUUUACCGUUUAUUGUGCUUCACAAGAUCGUUUGUUUCUGGUUUGUGGAUGGAAUCUUAUCUUAUCUUCGUAAAAUUGGAGUGUCAGCAUUAUCUAUUUUCUUGCACGUGAUGGCUGAAAUCUUGAAUUUUAAGUAAAUUAUCAUAAGGUCAUGUCUACUUUUAACAUUUUUAAAAAUAAGACGUAGGAUGUUUUCUUUGUUGUCGGAAGUCUUUGAAGUGUGAUGUUUAAGCUCUUUCCAUACCGUUUUCACAGAAGUCUUUUCUUGCAUGACAGUAAAACGCAUAAUAAUAGUGUAGGCGUACCCACAAGUCGACUUACAUAAAUAUUCGAGGGACGAAAUCGCAAAAUGGUCUUUUACAAAGUUUAAAUAAUAACACUGUUCGCCACAGCUGUGGAUAAUAUAUCACCAUAUCCACAACCUCGUCGCUCGAUCUUUGUGCCCUCAUUUUCUUUUUUGAUCUACCGCUUCCCUAGUGAUUCUAUCGAGAGAAAAGGCUCCUUUGCGCUUAAUUGCGUUGUUGUUGAAAUGGUUUUCUUGUUCGCAUGCUUUCAGCUUUCUAUACAUGGCUUGUUGACAAAAAUGUAGAAAUGCCGCCCCCUCGGCAAGACCCUCUCCGCCUCGUUUGCGGCCAUUAAUAUUUGCGUCUUCAGUUAGAUUACAUCUUAAGUGGUUUGUUUCUGCAGGCGGUUUACGGCGGCUUUUUCUUUCAAACGCAUGCAACCCUGCACGCAAACUUAUGCAUGGCAGCCUCACAGACGGGAAUUAAGUUAUAGAGAGGCGUUGGUGCACGGACAGUUUAAAUUAGCUUGGCUUUAAACUCUCAUGAAGAGUUAAGUACCGUUUACGAUCGCAUGACGGAUCGCUAACUAAGCGUGCACAACUAACAAAGCGGCACGCUUUGGUUUGCUUCGAUGUGGUCCAAUAUGGCUUUGGUUGGCGGAGAAAGCCAAAGCCGGGAGCAGACUGGUGGUACCAUUAAACACCAUUAACGAUAUUGGAGUCGAUAUGGCUGUGGUUUUUGUUUUGCAUUGGCAGUAAUUAUUGAUUAAUUGCAGGGCUGGAUAAGUGCGUUCCCCUUGUUCUUAGAAUGAACACCCCCUGUGUUUUGUUGGGCCGACGAAUCAGAGUCACGCGAUUUCAGGUGAAUCUGCCGAAUGGAAGAUGAUCUAAGAAUCAAUGGAAACUUUGCGAUUAUCAUCGGAAACGAUAGUAAUUGCUAUUUUAAAAAAAUUCUAAGGCAUUAAUGAUCCGCAAAAUUGGAGAAAUGGACACCGAAAGAUUAAAACGAACUGAGGCGACCAUUUUUGAUGGUGUUACCAAUUGAAAUUAAUGAUUGUUUCUAAUGCAAAAUGUAGAAUGAGAACUUUAAGCAAUGCUGGAUCUCUAAGCACUAAGGAUUCGUAAAAUUGGAGUGUCAGAAGUUUGAAACAAACUGUAGCAGCCACUUUUGAUGGAUUAAACAUUGUUUUAUAUGCAAAAUAAUGAAUGGACACCUUGAACUAUGCUUGAUCGCUUAGCAGCUUCAUCCACUCUUAGAGCAUUUAGUUUCAGUUUCAAUUGCCCUCAGCUUAACAACGUUUUUAAAGGUUAUGUCAUAAGAAGUGCAGAAACAAAACUCGUUUCCUGUCUUUCUAGUUCUCUGAACUACACCUCGCUUAUACUGCACCGUCUAUAGUACUGCCCUUUUGCUAACGCUUACUCGUGCUCCAAGAACAUCGAGGAUGAAUUCCCCGGACUGAGUUUUCAGAUACCUCAAGGCACUUACAAUUACGAGUGUAAACUACUCGUGAGGAUGAAAGCAAUUGUAUACUCGAACUUUUUAAGUUUCUUUUAAAAACUGUUUAAGAAUCCCAGACAAUUCAGUUCCAGUAUUUACAAAUUCAAUGAAAAUACAGUUUGUUGCUGGUUUUAACAUUUACAGUUUUUAAAAUUUACAGUCCAAAAUAAUUAUUGUCUAGGUUCCUUGUCACUCAGUUAUUUUUGUCAUUUUUUUACUCUUUGUGUCGUUUUGCAAUACUACUUGUGACUUUCUCAAUUAUGAAAUUAUUAAAUGUAACCAGUUUACUGCGUAGAAGGCGUUCGAAGGGAAAUUGGGGAUCCUUAACACGCAAAGGGAACGCGAGGGAGCAAAGAGAAACCUCGCGCGCUCUUCGCGCACCCGUACCCUUUAUUCUCCUUUACCCUGCCUCCCAAAGCGUUUCUUAGUCCAGUAAAGUGACGAUUGUUUUACGUCUACUUGUUGAUGUUGCCCUAUGUAACGGAAUCCAAGACAAUCUUGGAUUCUGGAUUCCACGCCGUGGAUUUCGGAUUCCAGGUACUGAAUUGUGGAUUCUUUGUCUGUGGAAUUGGGGUUCCGGAUUCAAAUCGUUAGUGGGAUUCCGGAUUCCAAAACCCAGGAUUCCAGAUUCCAAAAAUGACCGGUCUGUAGGCCGGCCGUUUCUGACGUUUGGAAAGCGCCCCUAGUAAAUUGUAUUUACCAGUCUAUAAUUCGUACUUCAUUUGCUGCUUUUGUUUUAGGUUGUGGUUGACUUUAUUAACAGACGCUAUACCGCUUCUGGAACACGAAGAGGUAGGAGAUUUUGGAUGCGUUUGCUUCUUUUUUCUUUCGUUCUCUUUUUCUGAUUUUCAUCAAUAAUGAACUACUUGCUGUAAUGAACAACAAAAUAUAUCCAGGGCAUUACUGGUUUGCACGUGACGUUAUAACGGCCAUGUUGGUGGUCAGGGACAAUAGCAUUUCUCUCUCUUUUUGUGUAAAUUCUUCGGAAACAAUUUUAUUCUAUUUACCACCAACAUGGCCGCCUUGUCACGUGGUUGCAAACCAAGAAUAGAGCCUAGAGUCUGGUGUGCAGCUUGCCUCGUCCCUAAGCCUCAUUAGGGAGCUUUAGCAUCGACGACGGCAACGGCAGCGAAAACGUCAGUUUUAAAAUGAAUUCUAUGAUGUGUCGUGAUUGAAAUGAAACCUCUUCAGCAAUACUUUCCCAUUGUGGCUUCAUGAACUGGUUCUAACUUUAAGCGUCUUGGUGCAAGAUUCUGUGUUGUGACCAUUCAAAUAAAACCUCCUGUGCGGACGUUAACCUGAAAUGUUCAUGUUUCCGUAUUUCACAAAUAAAAUCUGAGUCUGUUAUUUUGAAUCUCUUUUUAUUGUUACUGAAAUGGGGGCCAGUUCUGGCAGUUCUUUUAACACGAAACCCGUUCCUUCCUCGUCUAGGUCAUUUUCUCCAGCUCUCAGACGUACGAACUGAUGCACUGUUUAGAUGAGAUAAGGCUCUCCUUCAGGACUGAAGAGUAUCUGGAACAUCCUGACAAGGGUCUCUCUGAAGAGCGGUCAAAAAGAGCCGCCACUCGAGGCCCCGGAGCGAAGACAUCUAAGAGCACCAAGGUAUUUUGAACCAGUUUAAUUUUCCGUGCAUAAAGCAUCACCUAGACCAAACUGGCCUCAGCCGCAUGUAACUACCAUUACCCAUAUAUUGCAGUGCCCUCCCCCCAGAGUGUGUGUUUUGUCCCGCCCGAAUGUUUGUUGCAGGAGAAAAGUUAGCUGUUGCUAGGCAACUAGCUGCGGGUUAAAAACUCUUAACCCUGUCCCUCCCAGGGUGAAAGAAAGGUGGAGUCUUGAAAGGUGGUUCUAACUUUUGAGUCGGUAAUCAAGAUGCUGCAGUGUGACCAUUCAAAUUGAACCUCUUUGCGAAUACUUUCAUCUGGUACUAUUUACUUUUUUUAGCAUUUACAAAAUGAAAUUUGGAAAUUAGGCAACUUUUGACUUUUGUUACUUCUGGGAAAGGGUUAACAUGCGGUUGGCCGUGAACCCUGGUGAACCUGUGGUUUUGCUUUCCCAACGUAAAAUCCUUUCUUUCAUCGCCGACUCAAUCCUCUUUCCUGUCGCAACCUGUCAGCAGCGUCAACAUUUGUCUUUCAUCAAUUAAAUAUAUACAGUCGUCUUAGUUAAAUAUUACUCUUGCGUACGUACUGAUGGCUACAAAUACCUCCUAUCCAUCUCACGGACUGCUCUGCGUGUUUCAAAAAUACUUUCCCCAUAUGUUGUGAUGUUAAGGAAUGUUUAGAAUGAAAGAGUGUCAGUUUCUUCGUUCAAUCAAUGUCGAAUUCAUCGCUUCAGCUCGUAGAUAGAUUAAGGGCUGUGACUAUAAGGGAAACUAAAGAAAUUUUUUUAAGGUCGAAGUAUUUGCAAAACGUGAAGAAAAAUCUAUCCUCUCGGUAAAGUUGAUGGAAAGUCUGGGAAGUUUACUUGAGGUUGUCAUAGUUUCCUGAAGAUCACUGGCAAAAGCCAUUUUCAUGUGGAAAAAAAAUUAAGUAGACUGAUUUUGAUACUUUAUAACAUCUUGAACAAGACUUGAACGAAUUGUAGAUUGUUUGAAAAACGUAUAAAGAGAUCGAAAACGAAGAUGAGAUUAGUUAAGGUCUUCUAAAGAAGCUGAAGAAAAUGUGAAAUGAAAGAUAACGAGAAAUCGUUUAGAGGUCAAAGAAAAGUCAGGCAAUUGUCAGAAUUUUUUGUUUUUAUUCCAGUGAAUGGUAACCCUGCUCCGAUAAGCUCAGAUAUUUGUCGUUAAAGAGCAUUGGAACAAUUAGGCCAACUUGUUAUUAUUUUUGACUUAGCUACAAUAUUUAUUUCGAUUUUCUGAUUUUGUCACCAGCAAAUAGAUUAGGCAAUGAAUAUAUGGCAUUCGAAGUCCUUUUCUCGUAAUAAUGAAACGUUGCCAUGGAAGGUUUUUUAGACUUCAUUUAUUCAACAUAGUUUCGCACGCCCUCCGAGAAGAUGGAAAGUAAGCCAGAAAAGUAUAACAUAUUCCGUAGCUUGAUCUGCCUUGAACAUUAUAGCUGGUUUUUGGCAGCACGGUGGGAAAGCUGUGUUGUUGGUCUUCAUAUAAAAAGGUCAAGUUUUAGAAUUUUUUCCCAUGAUACGCUAAACUGAAUGAAGCAGUUCUUAAUCGUUCUUCAGUCUAUUCAACCGAGCAGGAAAAAAACCAAUGAAAAUCACCCUAGUUUAAGUAAGUAUUAUUUCGCGUUCUUGUUAUUACUAUUGCUAGUUGCGAGCAAACAAUUGAGUUGUUCGUCGCAGCUGUGCAGCUAUGCACGUACACAUGCACGUAUGUACGCUAAACUGACGCACGGGAACGGCUCCAAAACGCACGGCAUCCAACUUGCUAUGGGGCAUUGACAACCCGGGUGACAAGAAGAGGUAUUCAAGCCACACACGAGCAAGGUCGUCAACGCCCAUCUUUGGCAAACAAGGUUAAGUUUGCAACUAUGUCUCUCCCGUUGUGAGUUAUUAACGUUCUGUCGUGACCAAUAAAAACGCUCGCCAACGAAGAUGUUUUGAAAUAAGUUAGAAACAUCAGCAGUAAAACUGCUCAAACAACAACAACAACAGCAACAUCAUUUAACUUGUUUAUGGAACGUGAAAUGAAAUAUUUUUGCUCAGCAUCUUAUGGUGUUUGCUUGAGGUAGGGAACAUCUGGCAAGCGAUUCUAAAAACUAAAUGCGGAAUGAAAGUAAAUUUAGUGUUUGUAAAAAUAGGAAUUGAGAGAAUCAUUUUUAUAAUAGAAUGCGUGAAAUUAAUGAAUUCUUUACAGAGAAUUCGUAAGUAGUCUAAAUGGUUCGCAGUAUGAGAAGAAAGUCAAACACGCGUGUAGCGAACGCUUGAACAUCCCCUCGCUAAUUUCCUACAAGCUAAAUAUAUGUCUCUUGAGGGGAUUUCUUCCUAUAGUACUAACAUAUUAUAUUUUCUUAUGUCGCUUAGUUUCUAGUAGAACAGUUUUACCCCUUUAAUCAAAGUCCCGGCUACGCAAUUCCGUGCAUAAAGCUGGCUUUUCUACUAUUUAAGAGCUAUUUGAUUUUUCUAUUGCGUAGGCUGGCAGGGGGAGACUGGAGAGAAGUAGAACUUUCCCCAAGCAAAGCCUAAUUUCAAUUCAACUUUUCGUUCCGGCGGCGUAUCUCCGUUCGGAGUUGCCAGCUGGUUCCAAAACUUGGUAAUUUGAAGUCGACGAAAGGUUUUCCUCGGAAGUAAAAAUUUCUUUAAAACCGAAGAAUAUUUAAAAAAGAUUUCCUGGUAACUCUUUCGUUUAUAUAAAGAAUUAGGCCCGGGGCAAAUACCCAUUAAAAAACUGUAUUAAUGGACCUAUUUUGUAGAGAAAUCUUUUGAAUCGCUGAUAAAAGUGAAAAACCCUUCUUUAUAAGAAGAACAUGUAGAAGCAUUAAAUUUGAUUCAAAUUCAAAAGCUAUAAAUAUAAUACAGGGGCAAAGAUAAUUGUUUUUGUUGCAGCUGUAAUAGAUCUAUACAAGCCUUGCCGAAUUUGCCUCAAAGGUGCCGCGAUCCUUUAAACACUGCAAAUGAAUUAAAAGUUUUAUAUGUGGUUAUUUAUUUCGCGACCAGCAGAGGCAAGUUUUAUUUACAAAACAAGAAAGCACUCUGUCUUAAACGAGUACCGAACUAACCACCCCACCUCGAAGCCACCAGAAUCUUAUUGUUGAGUGCAUUAAUGAAAAAACAAAUUUAGAGCUGGUAUUUUGUUCUCACGGCCACAUGCUCAGUGAACAAGCGUAGCAAUUACUGUAUAGUUUUGGCGGAGAUUCUUUGAUGAAUAAUUGAGUUGGGUUUCCCGCUGGAAGCAAGACUCCUCAACGUACCGCAUUGCAUGUGGUCUUAGAGCGAAACGCCAAACCAAAACUUUAUUCAAGUCCGCCUUUGAAGCUGUGUUUAUUGAUGACUCGUUUGGCUCGACAAGGCAUCUAAAGAACCUGUAUUAGGCCCAUGUCAGGGUCCCUAUAUUUGGCAGCUCGGCAGUGGGUAAAAAGAAAAACGAGAAAGAAAGGAUUUGGUAACUCGGCACUAAAUAAAAAAUAACGAAACAUACUUUAGUUGCACGUCAGCGCGUCCAUAUGUUUGGGGCUCAGCAGUCGAUAAAAAACAAGAAUUGACAGUAUAUGCGGGUAUUUCACUCGCUCUUCUCUCCCUAAGGAAAGUAAUAGAUUGUAGUGUACAUCAAUGCAAAACCUAUUUAACUCUCGCGAAAACACGGUAGUGGACUGAUAAAAUUAGAAUUACCCAAACUGUCGCAGCUCGACUUAAGUAUUAGGAGAGACAGACAGUUAGGAUAGAUUCUUUAUUUUACCGCACAUAUAAAUAGCCAGUGCUCCAGUGCUUCUUAUUUUACCACUGAUCCUGUUGAUUAAAGCAAUUGUUUGGCCUUUAAUUUUUUCCAGAGUUUUCGAUUAAGUGGAAAUUGAAGCUUUUGAAUAGUACGGCUUUAAUCCCAACCGUCCACAAUUCAUUAAUAUGAUUGUCGGUGAAACUACUUCUUGAUAUUUAACCGGCGUCAAAACUUGCCCUCGUCAGCUUUUUCCGCUUUUCAAAUAUAGGGUGGAGAAACUUCUGAACAUUGUAGACGACAGAAAUAUUACAAAAGAGGCGGAGGAUUUAAUCGCUUAAAAUAGAUAGCUUGCAUGCAUUCAGAUCCGUGUGAACAAUUAUUCCGGUUUUAUUGACUACGGAAAAUUUGGUGAACAAGAUUUUCGUUCUGUUCGCCAAUAUUUCUGCAAAGGGUUACUUUUCGCGCCAUUUUGUCAACAAGAAAGCCCUGCGACGACUCUGUCGGUUGCACUUUGAGUACGCAUGCGUCGAUCCAAUGGCCGAUCUAUCCUCCGGAAUCGCUUGACUCAAUUUAUCGAAGAGGUCCAUUAUAUUUUCACUUGUUGCUUCUCUACCAUUCUUGAUUAUUUAAGAGCUAUUUUUGUCGAAGGGCUGGCUAUUGCGUCGUCCAAUACCAGUUUUUUUUUAAUGCCUCAAUGUCUACAGAAAUUGAGUCCCGUCUGCAUAUUAGGUUGCUCGUAAAAUAUCCAUUCCAAAUAUUUGUCUUUCGGUUUUUUUCCAGGCACGAAACAAGAAUUGAUAAACCUUUAAUUUGCGUCUGAGCCGUAUCACGUCAUUUCGUGCAAUCUAUUGUGGAUAAAAAAUGAUAAUUUUUUUGGUUAUUUUAAGGCAGCUUUUAGCUCAUUUUUUGUGUUUGCAAAGAAAGGAACUACUAGGUAGAAGGGUACAUACAGUGUGUAACGACACUGGAUGAAACUAGUUGAGCCGGUAACGGACUUAGGUUGAGGCCCCUUAGUCUGGUAAUGGCCCAUCUGAUCCUAUUCAUCGCAAAUAUUAAAAUUUUCUCUUUCACGUUAAUUCUAAACAUUUCUCCCUGCCGUAUUUUCUUCAUUAAAACAUUCGUUCAGACAGUUUUUGUGCCAAUAACUCAAGCACAACCCACUUGAAGCAUGUUUAGAUCGGCCCCAUCCUCGGUUGGAUUUCAAAAAUAAGUUGCUGCUACUGAAAUACGCUGAAAUAUUUAAAAAUAAAGUAGCCGUUUGAUAAAAAUAUUGAUAAUAAUAUUGUUCACUCUGCAGCCUUUUUGUCCAACGAAACAUCCGCCCUGUUUGAGUUUAAAGGGGCAGGUUCACGGUUCAACGCAUGCUCAUUUAUCAAAAUGCUAUUUUUCUGCUGGGACAUGCUGUAUCGUCUAUGGAAGCAAUAUGACCAUGUCAUAAUGUUGUCAAAGAACCAAUCUGCGUACUCCUCCUGGCAGUCACUUGAUCAACUUAUGUGCAAAUAGCUGUAAAUUAAUAAACCAUGGAAUAAAACCUUCGGGUCAACAAUAAAUUCAACGUUGGUAUUGUUGGCAUAAUCCACUAAUUUUUUCUGCGAUUUUAGUACUCCUCCAUCCUACUUCAGGUUACUUUGAAAUACACUUCUACUUUGAAAUACACGCUGAGAUUGCUGAGAUACAUGAGAGUGGGAUUAUUAACCGAUAGAAUUAAUAAUAAAUUGGGAAAAAGUAAUUUAAUUAAUGAGCAUGCGCUUAUCCGUGAACCUGUCCCUUUAACAUUCCUAUAGACUGACUUUUGGGAGAAAAAGCUAUAUUCAGAGAUGAAAGCGAGUCUAAAGCGUAUGGACUCUACUACCCUGUAUACUGUGUACAGCUUGCUAUGAAAAUAGAAUUACAGUGAAUUACAAUUUUGUAAUUCCUCUUAGGACUGUCUGUAAAAGCCUGUGUGCAAACUUUCCUAUCACCUUGCCAAACAUAAAGAGAGAGAGAGAGAGAUAGAGAGAUACCCAGGCCUCGGUUCCCGAAAGGCUAUAAUCCAGGAUUAAAAUUUUGUUCCACUUUUCGAAUUUACCUUUCUAUGCAUUGCUUAGGGUAACUUUUGCGUUAUCAUUUUGUUUUUUUGGAAUUUAAAGUACAACAGUAUUUUGUGAGCUCGAGUUACAUGUCCUUAGACAAGAAAACCUUGUUUAAAAUUUGGCUUAAUCGUGGGUUAAACUUAAGCAUCUUUUGGGGAACCGUGCCCUGAAGUUUGCAAGUGAUAAAUUUGACUACUAUUAGUAGGGCGCACGCGCGUGAACUCGUCCCUCCACGUUUCCUCGUGGGUGGCGAUUUUCACGUGCGCUUACAUAUUUUGCUCGCUUUUCGAAACAUUUUUAAAAGGGGUUUAUUGUAGUCUAGCAGUAACUUCCCAGACCAGAGUCCGCCGUAAAAAAAUCUGCGAAACGUGCAGUUAGUGCCGAGGAUGGGGUUUAUCUAGCUUUAGAUCUAAAAGAGCGCAUGAAAGAGGCUCUUAGCGCAGCUUCUAAUGGCAGCUUUCUCAUAACAAGACGUGACAUAAUUAUCAAUUUGUUGUUGGGACUUCAUAGACUUCCUAUUGCUCAAAUCAUUCUCAGGAUUUUUUUGUGGGCAGUUUCUGGUGCUUUUGAAGAAAUCGUAUCCAAAGUUUAUCAGGGGCAACCAACGACCGAAUGUUUCCAAAUACGUUAGAAGUGUCUGAAGAAAAUGUCACAGUUUUAUCUAUGAUUUAGAAGCCUGUGGUUAAUUUGGAGCCUCCCUGUGGUUUACUGAAUAUAACUUUCAAUGUUCAUCCUAGUCCUACUCUGUCAAUAUUUUUCUUUUUGAGAACACUUGUCAUUUAUGACAUACUUUUCUAAAGCGAUGUUUUACCGAGUGAACUCUGACAGUAGAUUUGACCUUCUACUGGUAAAUAUCCUGCUAAAAAUAGAAGAGAAUUUGGGAUUACAGAAAAAGCGUUACCGCCGCCAAAGGGUGAAGUGUUUUGCUUUAAUGAGGAAGUCAACCAAAUAUGCCAUUAAUGAAGUCGCGUCAAACCCGGCACGCGAAAAACAGUGGAGACUCUAAACUCUUAAAAAAAAGCCUUUUACCUUUACCAUACUUCUCAUUGCAUCAAAUCCGGCCCUGAACGUUCUAGAUAUAGAGUCUCCCGCGUUUGAAAAGUCUUUUCGUCCGGUUGAGGUUUGCCGUGAGGCAAUUUACUGUUAUUGCGCAUCUCGCCACAUCUGGGAUUUUUUAAGAGUUUUCCGUCGCUCACCUCUCGAAAAUAAUCGAAAAGCCGAAAGAACUGUCGGUAAUAACAGCAUCAAAUAUAAAUAUUUGGUAUAUAGUGAGGUUACAGACAAAAACAUGAGCUUGUCAGAGAUUUGGAUUAGUUUGCGGAUAGCACGAAAGGGCGGAAUAUUGUUAUCAUCUUAGAUAAUCUUACCCCAAGCUAAUUUUGAGUCUCAAAAGUGAAGGAAAAGACUGAUCGUGCCAAUUCUGCGUACACUGAAUAGAUUUGACCGGCUUAAUCUCUGGCAAAGCUAACAAAACAGAUUCAUUACGUCAAAGAAAAAAGAUACUAUUCGCUGUAAUCCUUUUGACGUUAGUCGUGGUGUGUUUGAGGAGGCGGGAGAGGGGAGGGGAAGGGGGAAGGGCACAGAGUAUAUAAAAGUAGGGUAUCCCGCCCAGUGAUCCCGCCUAUUUCCCUGAGAGGGAUGUUCCAAGCCAAACUGUUUCGUUAGCGAAUGGAGUUGUUGGGAGGUGACUGUAGAGGGACUUGCUUCUAUCUAUUUUCACACGUACAAUACGUUAAUACCAGACUACUCGAAGUGAUCCCCUCUUCCAUAAAGUGCUUUCUCGCACAAAACGAUACUUUGUAACAAGACGUGAGCGUGUUACGGGCACGCAAAUAAAACUACUUAUCAUUUGUCAUGACGCAGCUAGGGUUUAAUGGGUGUUCCCUCAAACGUAUAUGCCGCUUCUUUGACGCGAGAACUUUCUUGCGUUCAGUCAAGGCACGUAGCUUUGUAAUAAUUAUAAUAAUAGCGUGAAGUAACAAAAGGAUCAAGUGGCACCAUUCAAGCGAAAGCUAUGUGGUAGCACUCCACAAGGAAAAAAAACAACUCCAGGAACAAGUGGCGGCUCUCAAAAAGCUUCCGUUUGAAUUCACUUGUAACACUCUGCAUUUUGGUGCACGUACUUAAAGUUAUAAAGACAACUAUAAAACCUUAUCACAGUAGCUUUGGCUCUGUUUUAUUUUAUGGAGAGUUGUUCUGACUUUUGCCUCUGCGCAGCUACAGUCACACAACUUGUCCAUUCAAGCGGAAUCUUUGUAAGAUCACUUGUUUGUCAGCUUGUUUUUCUUUGUGGUUCUUUGUGGCGUGAUCUCCGAUUUCUCCAGGAAGUAACAAAGAAUUACUGAAGCGAUUCUGUUAAAGAGAAUAAUUAGUAACAAUUAACUGACGUAGCGACGAUAUCAGUAUUCGAUAUUUUCGUCAGGAAAUAAUUUGGGACGAAAAUUCAAUAGCAGUGGCAGUAACCUGUCUGUAUUUUGGCACUCUCAUCCUCAAUAAACAUCCUCUCUUUUUGUUUUGGCGGCUACAUGCAUACUUAAUUCUGUGGCAUGUACGUAGCUUGUGGGGGUGUCCUAGUCAAUUGAGCUGCUUGUUUUGCUUCGUUACGUUCUAUUUUCUAGAUGUUUUAGUUGUGAGGAUGUCCAAGUCGAUUGAACUGCUCAUUUUUCUUCGUUACGUUCUAUUUUCUAGGUGUUUUAGUGGCAAAAGUAUUUUUUGUUGUCGGAGCACUGAACAACAAACGGUGCUAAAAGGGCGUGAUGUGCGGCACUGUGACCAAACAUCUUAGAAAGGAACACUUCUCUAUUGAAGUGUCAGUAUGUUUAGCACUAAGUACUUAUUAAGGACACCGUUUUUAAGUUCUCAUGGUAGACGGAACGACGUCUAUCUCUACGUGGUCAGGGUUGUCGCUAACUUUCCAAGUUGCUAGGUAUAUACAAUUGCUAGGCGUGAAGUCGAACAGCCAGGAAGUUCUAAUGUUCUAUGUUUACCUCACUAUUAUCUCCUCGCAUGAUAGCACAAAUCACCAAACACAAACUUUCGAUUAGUAUGAAUGCCAUUUGCUACUGCUUGUCAGUUUACUUAUGAUUUAAAAUGUGAUUGAAAAUCGAUGAAAGUGUGAUUGAAACUGUUCGCGUUUGUUGAUGUUUUGAUGUUUUCAGUCGGUGCGAACCGUUAGGUUGAAAAAUAAAAUCCUAAUGUGUGUCAACUCAAAUGAUUAAGUCCUGACCAGUACUUUAUAACUCUUGCUUAAUAUUCAGAUUUUCUGCCAAGUGGCUGCAUUCUUUUCUCUCUUAGCGCUUGCAAUAUUUUCCUUUUUUUUUUCUCUCACUUUCUAAUAACACCUGAAGGAGGAUCAUAUUAAGAUCUCCCCUUACAGAUAACCCACCCACCCUGGGAAAGGUUGGCCUCACCACCGCGGUCUACGUCCCCUACUCUUUUCGAACAGUGUUCGAAACAGUUCUUUUACGUCCCACAAGAACCAGGUAAGAGAAAGUGCUGUGUGAAGGAACCUACGGUUUUUCGUCCUUACCCGAGAAGACUAGAAAGUCUAACCGUUUGCAGGUGCGACUACAAAGGCAGCCCUUUCUUCUCAGAAAGACCCUGAGUGUUGGUCUGGCCACGGUUUGAACCCGUGUACUCCCGCUCAGCAGACUGGCGCUUUCCCAGUUGAGCUAAGGUAACUCGAAAAGGCUCGAGAAACAUUCGAAAGGCUCUCACUUUUUUUUUUCUUUUUUUUUUCAGGCGCAAGAAGAGGAAGAGAAAGACAAGAUGGACCUGAUCCGCUUGGCUCUGGCGCGUAACCUUUCAAGAACUAUCUUAUAAAGCUGGCGACUCGUCGACUUAAGGCGAUGAACUGCUCCUAAUCAUUUGCUAAAAGGUUGGAAAUAUAACGAAAAAAUUAAAAGCCGAGAAUGUUAAAUACAGCUAAAACAUCUCGGAAAUGACCUCUCCACCUCCUUCAGAACAAAGGUGGUCGCUCGUGAGUAAUCAGCGGAACACUGCAGGUUUUUAAACGUAGGUUGUCAGUGAGGCAGUUCAUUCGGUCUGUUUGUGAGGACACCUUGUGGCAAUAACAUAACAGGAUCCCGAAUUGAGGAAACGGUUUGGGGGAAGUUCUUCACAAGGUCGCAAAAAUGUCAGAAAGGAAUUUGAACGGACUUAUGGACAAAUAUGAUAGUCGGUUAUCAACUGAGAACAAUCCUGAAAAUUGAAACUAAUUUAUUGGUUUUUUUUAGGUUGAAUGGAUAUUCUUACAUAAUCCGGACUAUUAUUCAUGUACUUUGAUACACCAGCCUAAUCACUCGCUAGAUUUCUUGGACAUUUCGUCCAUGAAACCACACAAGUAACUGAUGUUGUGUACUGAGUAAAAAGACUAUUUCGCCCAUAUUUUUUCUUAAGUUAAUUGCCAGAAUUCAGGAGACUGAUAGGCAGUUCCCAGUUCUCUGGGUAGUUCCUAUUGGUCAAGGAAACGCUAGGGCGAAAUUUUGACCUGAGUCAAGGGAAAUUGAUAUUUUGAGCGGAAAGGAUCAAGUAAACUUGAGUCUGUAACAUUGUUGAUUCUUCAGGCUAAAUGAAUAAUCUCGUAAAAUCGCCAGUCAUGUAUGGCUGCUAUUCUUGAACUUUGAUGCUCUUAACUUUGCCCUUUGGACCGUCAUUUUUGUUCAGGAAAUUGCACAAAAGGCACUACUAUCCACACCUUUUUUAUGAUUUGAAAGGGCCACUGACAGCCAAAGCUCACUAGUAAACCAUGAGGGCAAAGCGAUUAUGAAAAUCUCACUUUUACUCGACUUAAAACCAAAGAGACUUUACAGAGGUGAUAUCCAAUGUAUUGGGCUGUCUGUGGAUAGGAGCAACGCUAGUUUAUUUGGCUUUUGUCUUUAUUUGCCUGACAGUUGAAUUUAAUAUACAGAAUUGAUCAAAUAGAGGCAGUUUGUUCUGUUCUUGAUUUCCAUAACAUAAGAGGUCUUCAACGAAUCCCGCUGUAUAGUUUUGCUCGAUACAACCUCGUGUUUCACUGUACCUAUAUAGCUCUUAGGUAUCUUCAAAAUAAAUUACAUUUAUAUAUCUGAAUUGCUUUUCUGAG